AUGAGCAUGAUGGCUGGUGCUUCUGGAAGCGUGCCGCAGCCGGGUAUGGGAUGGAGACUUCAAUCAGAGAGCCUACUUGGUUGGAUCCUCUCUCCAACCUGCAUCGACACAGCACUCUACAAGGAGCAGAGCGCACGUUCAGUGCACUUCUCCCGUGGUCUUGCCUCCCGAAGCCGCUCUUCGGUUGAGUCAGUUCAAAGACUACUCCGGGAUACUGUGCAGGAGGUUCUUCGACAAGGUAGCAGCGUUGUAGCGCCACUACUUCGUGCUGGGGAGGCCAGCAGAAAUGCAGUGGUCGCCUGGUUUGCUGCCUUGAUUACCGGUUCACAAGCCAGGACAAAGAGCGCCAACAUGAUGGACCAGGGACAAGGGCCGCAAGGCUUCAUACAUAUGCUUGAAAAUGCGCCAGUCCCUUUGGACAUGCAGAUGCAAAUGCAGAUCAUGAAGGCCCAGUCCUCUGGUUUUGCUACAUCUGGACUGUGUGUCAAUAGCUUUUGGGCCAUCCUGGAGCUUGUCAAACCCAUCAAGCUUGCUCAGGUUAGCACCUUGGAGCCAUUCUACUUGCUGAGAGAAGGUGACCAUGACAAGGAGGUCAUUGGUGGCUUCAUAGACGAGCCUCGUUUCGGAGAGACCUCGGAGGUCGAGGCCACCAAAGCCUAUGCAAAAUCGAAGGGCCUUCUGACUGAUCCCUCAAAGUUCCCGACUCAAAUCUUUUGGCUUGCCAUUCGAGCUUUCCACGUCUUUUGUGUGCCAGUGAUGAAGGAGAACCUUUGUAUGGUUGCAGCAGCUGGCUAUUUCCACACGAAGAACAUGGCAAUUAUGGAGACUGCGAUGGGGGAGCACCUCGUCUAUGAAGCCAUCCUGGGCAGCAGUGCCUUCCUAGGUGACCUUGGAACUUUCCUAAACUUGGUCAUGGCCUUUUGCUUGGGUGCAGCCUUCCCUGACCGAGUCGCAGAUUUUGCUGCUGGCAAAGUCCAAGGCUCUGUCCUGACCGAGGAAGUUUCUCCUCAGUGGUCUGUGCUGCCCUCGUGUAUUCUGGAAGAUGUCAUAGAGGUCUUGGAGAUAGUGACCAGUAUUCAACCACAAGGCAAGGGUCCCUCGGAGUUGUUUCUACACCUGGACGCUCAGCUUUUGCUGCUAAUGGUCACCUUUAUGUUGGGCAAUGGCAACCAUGUGAAGAAUCCAAACCUGCGCGGAAAGGCUGCAACGCUCCUGAAGAAUUUGACCUCGAACUCGAACUAUCGACAUCUUGUCGAAAACUCUCCAGUCUUGGCAAAUGACAUCAUCCCAGGGUGCAUUAGAGUCUUCACUGCAGUGGAAAAGACAAAGCAAUCGUUCUAUGACAUCAGGAUGCAGCUGAAGUACCAGCUUCGCAUACCUAUCAUGGAGCUUUUUGAGCGCAUGCUGCCUCUUGAGGCACACAAGAAGGCGCUCAAGAGCUUUGCCACAGAGAAUCCGGACGAAUUUCUCAAGUUCCUGAACAACUUGAUGAACGAUGCCACCAUGCAACUUGAAGAGGGCAUGGACACACUCAUCGAGAUUCGUCGUCUCAUGAAAGAAGGAAAGCAGGCUGAACUUCAACGUCCUGCAGCCUCCAGCGUGGCAGAAGAUGAGCAAACCGGAGAAGGUGCCGAUCUCUAUGCCCGUAGUCGAGCAGAUCCAAAGGCUCACUGCAAGCAGUACAUGCAGAUGGGCCAUAGAACGAUCAGCACUUUAUGGAGCAUUAGUCGGGAGGCGCCCACGGUGAUUAUCAGCAAGCUGAAUGUCCUACAGCAGAUGCUGCACAACUGCCUCAACAGCUGCCUGGAUCGUUUGGUCGGCCCUCGCUGCCUGGAGCUGAAGGCUCCGCAGAAGGGCCAGGUCAGUGACUUCGAAGAGUACAGCUUCAAACCCAAGGAGCUUUUGCAGAUGAUUGCGGAGAUGUACGUCUUUGUCGGUCGAGCUGACAAAGAAAAGGUGUCCUGUGCUCAUGAAAUAGCGAUUGCAUGCGAUUGCAUGAUGCAGGAUACACUUCGACCAUCGUGA